AUGGGGAGUAAUUUCUUCAAACGGAACCUAAUACUUUUUGGCCUUUUGGCCAGCAGCAAUAUGCAGAUUCUAGUCGGAGAACUUGAGAACAAAUUGGAACUGGAUGUGGACUUCUUGCUUGGGGUGACCGAAUUCAUGGGCCACAUUCAUGGACUACAUUCCAUUACUGUAUAUUCGGAUUGCAUCGACAUACAACCUUCAAUCCAGCAGCGCAUUAUGGAUAAAUUUGUGGUACCCGUUUAUACGAUUGGAUCCAAUCUAAGGCGGACUAAUUACAACAAACUGAACAAUGCCAAUAUUCGGAUUGUUCUCUUCACUGGCCUGAAUGAUACCAUAUUGGUUAAUCUCAAUAAAACGGACGUUCCUUACUCAGAUCAUUUUUAUAUGCUUGCGUAUGCCUCACCAAUUAAAAAUAAGUCCGUCGAGUUGGAUUUUAUUGAAGGGGUAUUUAUACUGCUAUGGAAAAUGUCAAUUGAUAAUGCAAUCCUAUUGGUCCGUGGUGAGUUCAAGAUGGAAAUGUGGGCCUACUUUUAUAUGGGAAAAAUACACAACAUUGAAUUGACUAAGCCCAAUUCGUUUUUGGAAAGUCUUCGCAAAUACAACUAUAGGUUCGUCCUUCAAGUAAUCGAUGAUCCUCCAGCCAUAUUUUGGUACAACUCAUCGGAACAAGCGGAUGUGACUGGCGGUGGCGACCUCAGUGUGUCCGGCCCCGUCGGGCUGAUGAUCAUAAAUUUUAUGCGUCAUCUAAAUGUGACCACGGACAUUGUUCCGGUUUCGGGAAAGCAAAACUCACAGUACGAAUUCUUUCAGCAGCAAGUGGACUGGAGAGCGGAAAAUGGAGCUAAUAUGGUAGGCGGUGCCCUCUUGAAAUACAGCACCUUGGUGACUCAGUCACGGAUGUGUCUGUUGGUCCCGAACCGCAGAAUGAUUCCUUUCAGCAGAUUUCUAGACAAGCUGGUUAGUCCCCGUGUCCAUAAACUCACCUUUGUCUCGAGUAUUGGCAUAUUCGUGGUCAAGUACUUCUCCCAUCGACCUCGAUCGUUUUUGGAUGCCUUAUUUUGCACCAUACGAUUUUUUUUUGCUAUUCCUCUGCCAAGUAAUAUUCUAAAUCGCUUUCCCUUGGUGGAUAAGUUAAUAGAAGUGUUCAUAAUCAUUUUCGUGGAAAUCUUACUGAGUUCGAAUAUAUCCAUGACAACCAGCGCCCUGACAACCGGGUUUUGGGAGCCACCUAUCAGAAAUGUCGAAACGAUGAGAGCUAGUGGCCUGCAGAUUAUUACAAAAGAUCCGACAAUUCCACAGGCCUUCAAGGAAAAUAUUUUGCCCAGCUCCUUGGCGGAUCUGGUGACUCUUGUGGAUGAAGGCACUUAUUUCCAUCACAUCACCACCUUGAACAACACCUACGUCUAUGUGGUGCAAACGCACAAUUGGCAAAUAUUUCGGCUAUACCAACAGCAACUGACGAACGAGCCAUUUGAGAUUGCUAGUGAAGAACUCUGCUCCAAAUGGCGAAUCUUGGGAAUGACGCUGAAUCCUAAAUCGCCUCUUAGGUUCAUGCUUAAGGAUUAUUUCUAUAGGAUUCUGGAAUCCGGAUUGCAGGAGAAAUGGCUUCAUAUGGGCUUUAAAAAGUUUUGUGAAUUUAAUAACUUGCAAAAGCUGCCCGUUGAUUCCCUAGAUAGUUGGCAACCGCUGUCCAUUGAGUUCUUUUUAAAUAUCAUAAGGGCUUAUAUAAUAGGAUUAGUGAUCGCCAUCUUCGCGUUCGUUGGUGAACUAUUUCACAGUAGAUAUCGUCGUAAAAAUGUGAAAAAAACUUAA